AUGAGAUUAAUUGACCUGUCUCUUGUCUCUGACGACCAGCUGGCCAAGCAGAGAGCAUCGGUGACCUGGCUCUUGCGGAAGGCGUUCAAAAACAAGGUUCCCGAGGAACUCGUCGAUCCCUAUUACAGAGACCACAAGGACCAAGAAUGGCUAAAGCCGCAAGUGGUGCGAGACUUGGCGAAUGCCACCUACUACUGCAUGACUCUGGCCAACAUCUACUCGUCGCCGAGCUUCACCCAACUCAACCACUGGGGUGUCAUCCAGGCCCUGAACCGGAAGGGCGUCUACGUGGGCGAGCCCGGGGAUGUGGCCCUGACGGAGACGGUGCUCAUUCAGACGACGCCCAUCAAGAUGAGUGCACACAUGGCCAUGAUUGAGGCGUUGAUGUCGCUGUUUGUCAAGGAGCUGACGGCCGGCGGACGGGUGAUGACGGCCGUGCGGAGAGUGCACGCCGAGUCGGAGCCGUCGUCGUCGGAGAAGCGCCCGAGUGCCGAGGAGGCCCUGCUCACGUGGGUGAACGCGUCGUGCGCCAAGCUGGCCGCCGAGAUCGAGGCCCGGCUCACGAGGGACGAUCGGGACCACGCGGGGGACUAUGACUCGAUCGAACCGAGUGAUUCGCUUGCAGUUGCAGCACUAAUUGAAGACGGCUGGUUCUCGAGUAACGUUGACGGAGCCCUCAUUCAUACUAAGGUGCCCGAGUUCCCCGUGGCCUGCGAGGUGGACGACUUGCGGGACGGGUCUGCCCUGGGCGGCGUGAUUGGGCUGUACUGCCCCGACGACGCGGACUGGUCGGAGGUGCGGUGCCCGACCCCGGCGUCGUCCCUCAGCCAGACCGAGUCGCUCAAGAACCUCCGGAUCCUGGCCCACGUCUGCAACGAGAGUCUCACCCACAACCCGCUGUGCUUCCGCGUCGAGGACCUGGUCAACAUGAACUGGUUUGUAACCGUUGAAAAACAUCUGAAAAGGCCACAAAAGGAAGACGUUGAAUAUAUGUAG